UGACCAAAAGAGAGAGUCGAUGUAGAGAAAUCGAUCAAAUCACUAACACCCCUUUCAUUCUAAGCACCUCAAAAUAUGCAAGUUGGGGGCGUUUUCGACCCCCAAAAUGUGUCAUUUCGGCAUCCCGAAAUGUGUUUUUCUAACACGGACUUCAAAUCCAACUGUCGUCAUUUCAGAUACUAGAGGCGAAUGAACUUUCAAGUCUGAAGCCUCUAUAGUAUGAAAAGUAGUUGAAGUUGUUGAUUCAUGCAAGCCGGGGAUACUUCUGUACCCGCAUGUUUUUCUCACUUUUUUGCAAACUGCCUACAAAAGCAGGUACGAACACAGCGGUUCGGCUCGGUUAUUCAAGAUGGUUUUGGAAUAUGCCUUCAUAUCUUCUGCUGAAUGAAUUUCUACGUAUACCGUUCGAUGAUUAGGCAAAAAGCUGUCAUCAAAUUUACUUGUUACGAAGAACAUAAUCUAUUAGGAUGCAUGAAUUGGUGUUACAUUGCAUUUGUUCAAAUUCUUUACUUACAAAGCAAAUAUGUUGAAUUGAUUUGAAUUCGAAAAUUGUUUCAUUCAAUCAAUAAUUUAAUCAAUACAAACAAAUGAUUACUAAGCCAACGCGACGCAUCCUCUGUUCCAUCCGAACAACAACUGCAUUACUUUUGCAAAACAAAUCGGGUCAACGUGGAAUUUCUACCAUCGAAAUAUACAGGUUUUCCUAACAAUUUGCUGUUAAAUAAUUUCAGAUACGCCUACUACAUCCGUUGCUAUAAAAUGAACAGUGAUUCCGGAGUCUAACUGAAUCAAACCUUAUUCUUGACAUUUCUGAUGGAACGGUUAGUAUUACGCAGGUCACUCCUCUUCUGGUGGCUGCGGUGUUCUGGUUUCGGUUAUUUCAUGAUUCUGGUUGUCUAACAGUCGUCAGACGUUUCCCGAAUACUUUAUCAAGGUUUGCCAUAGUUAAUUAGGCAGUUUUAGAAUUUAUAUAAUCCAAAAAAGAGUAUGACCAGCAGAAAUUUUAUGGAAAAGAGAACCAUUUUUUUGACGUAGGACUACGUAUUUCAUUUCUCAUUUCUCCAAAGUUUACCUUCCAAAUUGCCAUAGUCAACCACACCUUCUCUCGAUUCAUUAACGGACCAAAAGCAUACUUAAGCGAUAUUCUGGUGGUGAAACGCUCAAAGCAAACACAAAACAUUCUUCGCGAGGACACCGACUGGACAACAUCGUUGCUGGACAAGCUGGAUGGCGAGGGAUCGAGUGCCUUUCUGAAGGGAAUGAGUGUGGAGGUGUAAUGCUGGAAGAGUAAAGUUUUCCAAGGGCCUUUUUCAAGGCUAGAGACGAAUGAACUUUGAAGUCUCUAUAAUUAAUUAUCUUACUUUAUCUCACUUCAAACGCAUUCAGUAUGUUUCGAACUGUGAGGGAGCGCAGAAGGGCCGAUUUUUACGUCGGGAUCGUUAAACUUCUCCCUUAGGCCAGAAGGGAAUCCAUCGGGAGGAGAAGAGAAAACGACCAAGAGAGUACCAACCUCGAAAAUUGGUUCCGUUUGAUGCAUCGGAACAGUCGCCACACACACAUACACGCGCACAACUCUUUUCGUUUGGUAGUUAUCGAGUUAGCAUCAAUCACUGGCGGGCAUCGAGCAUCGAGAAGAACCCGGCAAGAUGUCAUCGUUGUUGAAAAAAACAAAUCUGACAGUUCCCCUUGUAAUUCAAAAUUACAUUCAAGCAAAAGAGUUUAAUGUUAAUGUUUUCUCUUCAUAUAAUACUGUGACCAAAUACAUUUUGUUUUGUGAUUUUUCAAUCAAGUGCAGUUAACAGGAAAGCUUCUGAAGAUUAUUCUUCCCCAUCAGUAGAAUAUUUUCGUAUCCAAUAUUGGAUGCAUAAAAUGAAUAACGGGGAAUGUUUCGCAUCGCGAAAAGCAUAUAAUUUUCCAGCGAUUAUUUGCUUUUUAUUCAUAUAAUGCUGCGAUAAAAUACAUUUCGUUUUGUGAUUAUUCAAUCAAAUGCAAUUAACAGGAAAGCGUCUGAAGAUUAUUUUUCUCCAUCAUUGGAAUAUUUUCGUAUCCAAUAUUGGAUGCAUAAAACCUUGUGCCUCCAACGUAACACUCUCGUUUUCGAAUUCCCCCAAAUAUUCAGAUAUUCCCCCAUACAACAGAUAUAACCCACUUCCUGUUUUUGAAUUUAGGACAGUAUUAGAUACUUUCUGUACUGAUUUCCUUUAUCAUAACUGUUUAGAAAAGUAUCAGUUGGAUAGCAACAAUCAUCAGAGCACCAUAAAGCAGUGAUUAGGUUUUUUAUCCCGCUGCGUCGUAAUUGUAUUGAGUCUACUGGACAGAAGAUAACACAAUCAGCUCCCGUUCAUUCGAAAUUAUGCCAUCCGGUUCGCUUAUCGUGUGUGAUGGAUUAUUUUGCAGCAUAAUCAAACUGAUAACAUAAUUUUGCAUGUUGACACACACACAGGCAAUAAUAAAUUGGCACCCAUGAACAGCUAGCAGAGAUUGAGCAGAAUUAGAUACAACUGUACAGACCGAAGAUAAGUGUAUAGUUAUCUAAAACAAUUAGCUGUUACACCAGCGAUCGACGGCGAUUCUAAAGGUUGAAUGUUCGGAAUAACAAACUCAUAGCUGCAAAAGUUAAAUCGUAAAAACAAUGUAUUCAUAUCGCGAUAGUUCCUGCGGCUAGCCAGUCCGAUUGUAUCCGAUUGUAAAUAAUUUUGCAUAUAAUUAGAACGGCAAUUAUCUCCAAUCAGACGCGUUUGGCGACAUACGGAUAUCGGCCGGCUUCGUGGAAGAUAGUGACGACUGGUUUGAAUUCCUAACAGGUAUCGAUGGAUCCGAAGUGGUAAUUUUUAAUGCUUUAUUAUCAACCAAAUCUCGGACUGUGUGUGCGACGGUGCAGUGAGCGGUUGGAUCCCCUAUCCGACCGGGUCAAUCUGGGCUUGUGUUUUGAUUGAACAACAUCGCGUUGGAGCGUUGGGAGGCGUGAAAUAUCAUUGCGAUUGUGCGUACGUUUCAGCAGAAGUGAAACAUUUGUGUGAGGAAGAUUUGGAAUCACUGUGCAGUGCGUGUAUCCGUGUUUUGCGAAAAUAAAUUGGUGAAUAGUUCGAAACCUAACGGUCGAUCGGUGCGCUAUGUCAAACAGGUGGUCACCAUCAGGAGCUGGUGGCCAACGGCCAGCCAGCAAAGAGUGUGGUGUUGAGUUUGAAAUGGCCGUUCUGUUGGAUGAAUCAGCUUCCACAUCAUCAUCGCCAGUUCGGAUCGUCAGUGCCAGAACUAGGGGAAAUGGUGUCGACGAUGCUGACAGCGAUGAUAAUGACGACAGUGGUCCCCAUCAUUGCCGUCAGCAACAUAAUGAUCACACUUCCGGUGACAAUUCAGACCGUGACAGCGACAACGAGGAACGGAUUAUAAUUCUCGACGAGCGGCCUCAGCGGUGCAAGCGAAAUGGAAAUUCGAAAGUGAAGAUGUUCAAUUCGAAACACUCCAGUGCAGACCCCUCCCCAAUGCUAGCACCCCGAGAAGAACAGCACUUGGCAAAGCAAAAUCUCAGCAUAACACUACAUCCAACCGACACUAGCAGUAGCAACAACAGUCCGUCUCCACUGGUCACAUCCCCGACCUCGAACAGCACCAGCAGGAUGAAAAACGCCACCAACAGUAACAGCAGCAGCAACAACAACAAUCACAGCAGCAAAAAAUCUCCCCCCGGAAAGCAUAAAAACUCCGACGAGGAGUGCGACGUGAUAGGCAACCUGAUAGGCGAUUACGGCAAGUGGCAGUUUGUGAUGACAUUCCUCUUGUCGCUGUUCCAGGUGCCGAAUACGUUCCACAUCUACUCGCCCACGUUUCAGGCAGCAGAAAAAAGCCACUGGUGCCGACGACCGUCGCAUUUAAAUGACACCCCGGUGGAUUUCUGGAGGAACGUGACCCGGGCGCAGAAGGACUGUCGCAUACUAAACUACGACUGGGACUCAAUCAGCUCCGAGCAAUCACUGCGGAAUUUGAGCUUGCCCCAUAAUUUGUCCGACGUGGCCUGCAGUGCGUGGGAAUUUGACAUCAACGAUAGUCUCGGGAACACAUGGGCCUCAGAGUGGAACUUGGUUUGCGACAAAGAAUAUCUCAGGGAUGUGGCUGAGAUGUUUUUCCUGGUUGGAGUAGCUACCGGAGGAAUAACCAGUGGUGUUCUGUCCGAUAAGUUCGGUCGAAAAAAGAUGCUAUUCAUUUCGGCAGUGCUGCAGUCGAUAUUUGGUCUCGCUUUGUACUUCGCCGAUUCGCUGGAGUUUCUGCUGGUUCUACGAGCGCUCCUGGGGAUCGUGUCCGUCUCGGUGACUUACGCCGGACUGAUUCUCGCCAUCGAGUAUGUGGAUGGCAAAUGGAGAACCAUUGCCGGCAUGUACAAUCUUUUCCCACUACCAGUGUCUUACAUUAUGACAUCGGGUAUUGCGUACCUAACCCAGGACUAUCGUAGCCUACAGCUGUGCAUUGGAUUGCCGGGUGUGUUCCUGUGCCUUCUGUGGUUCGUUCUCCCGGAAUCUCCCCGGUGGUUACUUUGCAAGGGCCGCAUUGCUGAAGUAAAAGAAGUAGUGCGGAAAGCAGCCGCUUUCAAUAAUCGACCAUUGCCGGACAAUUUGGACAAGCUGCUGAAGCCGCCGACGGAUGAGGAGGACAAAAUGGCCGGCGUUUGUGAUCUGUUCCGUUCGAAGUAUCUGCGAUUGGUGACGUUCUGUUUUUUGUGCAUUUGGUUCACCAUGAAUCUCGUGUACUAUGGACUGGUGCUCAACAUCAACACCUUCGGUGGUAACAUCUAUUUGAAUUCGGUGCUCGCCGGGGUGGUGGAAAUUCCAGCCAUCGCACUUGCCAUGUACAUCAUCAACCGGACUGGCAAGAAAUGGCUUUUCUGUGCGACAUUUUUCUGUGCUGCUCUGGCCUGUCUUAGCGCUGCCAUGGUCGAAGGAAGAGCGGAGUACCUCUCACUUAAAAUUACUUUCGUAAUGAUAGGAAAAUUCACUAUCAGCGCCGGAAACACAAUCAUGCCAGUUUACACAGCGGAACUUUACCCAACGGCGAUCCGGAACGUGGGCGUGGGAGCGUGCAAUCUUGCAGCAGGAUUUGCUCUCGUUAUUACGCCGUAUCUCUCAUUGUUGAACAAAAUCGAGGAUCAUCUGUUAAUGUCCCUACUGACAGCAUGGUGUAUCUUCGGAGCGAUUGUAAUCGUUUUUCUGCCGGAGGAAAUGCAGCAUCAUGAUCAUGAGGAGCGUGAGGAGGAAAAAGAAAUUGACACUUAAGUAGUUACCUAAACAUGCCUCUCGGUGCUAAUACUGAGAGAAAUUGCUACUACUGCCAUUACUAGGAGAUGUUUUAAAUAUCCUCAAAGUGCGUUUCCACUACUGGGAGAGAACUGGAGAGGACUGGAGGGAACUGAAAAGAGCGAUUGCACACAGAGGGCAAGAUGCUGCGCAAAAAAAGUGUUAUAUACUUUGACAAUUAGUAACCGUUUAGAAUCUGUCAAUUACCGUGUAAGUAUUCGGAAUUCGCUCUGCGGAUAUUAAAAUGAUAUUUUUGUAUUGUAUAAAAUGGGAAGCAAUCGAUGUUUUGUAAGGCUAAAAGCAUAGAAGCAUUUAUCAUAUAGGAUCUGGUACAGAGACAAAAAAUCGAUAUCUCAUUUCGAUACCAUAAUACAUGAGAAAACAACAGUCAUUACCAGUUUUACACAAGAUUGAGCUAUUUGAAAAUUGCAUAUUUAUUAUGAAAAAUUACACAGAUCGUAAUAGCUGACGAAUUUUUCGAUAAUUGUUCUGGCUGGUCCAGUAAGGUUUUAUAUACGCUAUUUGAAGAAAAUGUACACAUGACAAUUAUUUACACACACACGCAUAUAUAUUUCUAUAUUUGUAUACGUUGAUCGAGAUACAACCACACCACAAUAGACAUAUAUAUUUAAAUAUAUUUAUAAACGUGUUACUUCCGUACGCAAUUUUCUGUAUUGUAUAAAUCGACACAAAUUCUCACAAGCAUUCACAACCCACAUCGUAAGGCUGUCUUGUUAAGUGUUGCUGUUCAAUAACAUUGUGAAAAUGAGUGACUGAUGAAAUCUUUUGACCACGGAUAUCAUCAUUUCAUCGGGUCUAAAUCUGGACACAGUAUUCGGUAGAAAAACCUCUUUAUAAUCACGAUACUUGCAUCGUUAGUCCGCGUUGUGAGUGUACCAAUAUGUACCAAUAUAAACAAAUUGAUCGACUACUUCAAAUGUAUCCUUAUCGAUCACCACGGCAGUUCCAACACCAAAUCUCUACCACAAUGAGCGGCGCAUAGUUUUGUUGGGAAACAAUGUUUAAGCAUUCUCAACCACAUUUCAUUGUACGAGGCUUCGCUAUUGCUGAUUAGUCUUCAGAUUACGUAUCUGAAUUUAUCCCCACUCCGAUAACUAUACUGGUACACGUUAAAAAAGAUUUGAAGAGAAUUAUCUAUAACUACACUACAGUCUAUAACUUCAAAACAAAGAAUCUGUCUCGACUCUUUGAUGAUGUCCAUCGAAAAUACAAUUGUACUGAUUUUUUUUAUAAAAUAUCAGAACAAAAUAUGAACAGACCUCUUAAAACCCCAAAUUUGCAAUAUUUCUCGCUUUCAAUUCGUAUGGUACAUAAUUUCUCUGCUUUUGGAUGUAUCCUGCGGCUCUAGGUCGUUUAGAAAUUGUCGAAUCGAGUUGUUCCCUCCCAACGUUUCUGCAAGCUCUGGAAGCUUGCGUUUGGCACGAAUCUUAAUCAUGUAAUGUCUCAAAUUCAUCAAACUUCAAAAUUAUUACUUUUGAAUUGUCCAUAUCAUUCCCUAUAAUUUUUUUCGAUGGUGUUGAGACACCAUAAACUUCCACGAGUAUUCGACGCGCUUCAGUUGCAGCACUUCUCUUCCAACAGAAACAGAAAAUCAAAACUCCCCGCAAAUGACGCUUAUUUGCAAUGAACUCAACGCAGUAAAAAUUGAACUUGUUGUGCAAAACUCUAAGACUUGCAUACAAUAUUAGGUUGACAGAUGUCGAAACUUCACAAUUCAACAAAAAUCAGCUGUCGUCGUCAAUUAUUUAUAUAACUUUGACCCAUCUUGUGCAAACGAAACGAAUUAAGUUGCACACCCAAUAACUAUCUGCGCUUAUAGUUUAGGCAUCGAGAGACUGAGCGUUGUCAUGCUGUAGAAACACUUUUUCGUGCAUCUGCUCGUAUUGCAAGGUACACUUUUACAAAGCACGAGUUUUGAUAAUAAUGUUCAAGGAUCUCGUAGAUCGCCUUUCUUUCUACGAUGAAAUGACAAUACAUUUCGUUUUCUUUGGCACAUGCGUAAGCUGACAGAAAGAAAUAUUGGAAAGAAAAACCUACAAAAAAUUACCCUUCACUUCGUUAUGCUUCUGACUGUCCAUUCGAAUUGAUGGAAAAUCAAUCUGCGCUAGUUCAUUUGCGGAGAAUAAUAAAAAAAGCUAGUUAUUACGUAAUGUAUUCCAGUCAAUAUUAAUAAUUUCAACCGAUAGUUAUCUGGAAAAAAGAAUGGUUCUAUAGUUAUGCAACGUUGUGUUUUUCAAAACUCUAACUUUAAAUUUUGUGAUAAUUUAGAAGUAACAGAGCUGCGCCCCAUCAAAGGAAAUGAAACCGUGAUGCCUGAUAACAGAAAAAUAAUUCUAUAGUGUGCAACUAAUAUUGCGAAUCUGAUUGGAUGUGGUGAAUACGGACCACGUGUCAAACCACAAAUGUCACGUCUUCCAUUCACAUGCAUGCUGAUGCCGAACGAUGAAACAUUUAACCAAAAUCAUUUACAAUCUUGACUCACACAAAAUUGAAUAGUCAUUGGUUUUUUUUUAUCAACAUUUCAACAAGAGGUACGAUGUGAGGAAUACUUGCUGUGUGACAAAACAAAAAUAACGCUACAUAGCAACAUUUUAUUUGCAUGUAGUAGGCUGAGGUCAGCUCAGCAGAUAUAAGGAAAACACAUAAAAAUAACAAAAACCAAAAAUGAUUCCAAAAACACCCAAACACAAAAAUUAUCGAUGUCACAUUGUAAUUUCUCAACACAUAGGAACCAAAAAGACAAUGUGAAAAAUAGCUUGGUAGAACUGCUUUCGGUGUUUGUAAUCUAUUGGUAUUUUAAUCAUUAUUCAUCAAGUAAACAUAAAAAAAACUUUGGAUGUACUUAACUAUUUAUGGGCGGGUAGCUUCGUACUAAUAUAUCUAAAGCUGAGGGAAGAAAAGGGAAAUAAUAUAAUUUGGAGAACAUUUUUAGCAACGAAUAAUGAACAUGAGUAACAAUAACUGUUAUGUAUUUAUGUGUGAGGCCGAGUGUCCGAGUUAGCUUAGGAGUUUAGGUGUGAACAAAGUUUUAAAAAACCAUGGCGAUGUUUGUAUCUCAACUAAAAGUUCAGCUGUCGUCGAAUAUUAUAGGGUCCUGGAUGUAAUAGCAGAUAGAAACAGUUAUAGAACCUUGAAUGGGGGCAUUUAUACAACAGAUAGGCCACGCCUAAUGUGUUUGUUGAGAGUAUGGUAUAUAUUUUUAUGUACAUUUUCAUGCUCUGGUACUUAACCUGAAAGCGUAAGAAGCAGAAUAUGCUUAUGUGUAAAUGUAUUCAAAUACUAGAUGAUCAUUAUGAAAAUCGUACAUCACCGAUAAGAGGGUAUCAGUUCAUGGAAUAGAAUAGAUUUUUACAAAUGUGUACAUAAUCCCGAUUCCAUCAUUUGUAAUGCCAAAGGAUCAAACAAUUCUUAGAAGAAACUGAAGCAAGUUAAAUAAAUUUUAAUGAAUGUGCUAAGUAGA